AUGACGGAUGCUUUCCCCGCCGUUCUCACAGGGCCAACCUCCAAGGAGCGCAAAUAUGAUCGUCAGCUCCGUCUUUGGGCUGCAACGGGUCAACAAGCACUUGAGGAGUCACGUGUUUUACUUGUGAACUCUGAUGGCCCACUUGGCCAAUACAACACCGGUGUCUCCGGCGUUGCAGGUGUCGAAACGCUCAAGAAUCUUGUCUUGCCUGGAAUCGGCGGUUUCACUAUCGUUGAUCCCGCAACAGUCACUGAAUCUGAUCUAGGCGUGAACUUCUUCUUGGAAGAAGAAUCUCUGGGCAAGUCCCGUGCCGAGGAAACCUGCCGAUUGCUGAAAGAAUUAAAUCCUGAUGUGCAGGGGUAUCAUUACUCAAAGCGCAUUGAAGAUCUCACUGUUGAUCCUGACUUCUUGCCUCGGCAUAAGCUUAUCAUCAUCUCCGGUCCAAUCAGACGAUCAACACUAGUGCCUCUGUGCUGGCAAGCAAAGCAGCUGGGUAUCCCCGUGCUGUACCUUCAUUCAGUGGGAUUUUUCUCCACAUUUUCAGUUCAGCUUCCCGCGGAAUUUCCUAUUGUUGAGACGCAUCCAGAUCCAGAAUCAACUCAAGACCUGCGUCUCUUGAAUCCCUGGCCUGAGCUCGUCGCUGCCAGCACCAAAUUGAAUAACUUAGACACUCUUAAUGAUCAUGAACAUGGUCAUGUCCCCUAUAUUCUUCUGUUGCUCCAAUUCCUAGAGCAGUGGAAACAGUCUCAUGACGGAAACACUCCAAAGAAUUACAAAGAAAAGACCGAGUUUAGAGAGUUCGUGCGGUCCAAGGCACGGACUUCCAACCCCGAAGGUGGCGAAGAGAACUUCGACGAAGCUGUCGCUGCUGUGGUGAAGACCAUCUUGCCAUUCGAACUCCGCAGCCCCAUCAGGGAAAUUUUCAACAUGAACGAAUGCCAGCAGCUGACGCCUACCUCCCAAGAUUUCUGGGUAAUUGCAUCAGCCAUCAAGACUUUCCAUGCAUCCCACGGGGUUCUGCCUCUUCCGGGUUCCCUACCAGAUAUGAAAGCCCAGUCAGCAGACUACGUCGCACUACAGAACAUCUACAAGGCCAAGGCACGACAGGACAUCGAAGAAGUGACAGCAACAGUACGCAAACUCGAGUCCCAAAUCGGACGCCAAGCGCCAGCAAUCCCGGACCGGGAAAUUGAAGUCUUCUGCAAAAAUGCUGCCCACAUCAAGGUAGUGCGAGGCCGCGACAUCCCCCAAAUUAGUAUCGACAGCGACGCCUCCACGCUGAAGAAGAUCCGAAGCGAGCUCAACACAGAGGACUCCCUGAUUCCCAUCUUCAUCGCCACCCAGAUCCUUGACUCGGUUGUGGACGAAAUCCAAUCCAAUGAUAUGGAGGAGCAACGAUCUGUCAAUGACACCGGACUGUGGCACAGCCACACGGAACGAAUUCUCGCUCUCCUCACUGGAGCUGACGGGGCGGCUGUUGAACCGGCGGCGCGGGAGCAAGUCGCGCGUGCGGUCAAGGAAUUGUGUCGUGCGGAGGGUGGCGAGUUGCAUAAUAUCUCUUCGUUGACUGGUGGGCUUGUUGCGCAGGAAGCGCUGAAAGUGCUUACGCGGCAGUAUGGUCCGCUUGACAAUACUUGCGUCUUUGAUGGAGCCCGGAGUAAGAGUGAGAUGUACAGGCUGUGA